CAAAGGAUUAUUUACGAAUUUGAGAUAUUAUCGAACCUCAUGACUUCUUGUAUUGGAUUGAUUAUUUGUGCAUACGAAUUGAUUCAGCCAUUAUAUUGGCAUCAAUUUAAAAUAAUUCAUUCACUAAAUACGAUAAUUAUUUUACCAGCAUGGAUCAAUUUGAUGUUAAUAAUAGGAAGAAUUCCGAGUCUAGGAUGUUACAGUCUUAUGUUUACUACUGUCAUGAAGAAUUUUUUGAAGGUCACUGUCUCUUUUAUAUUCCUGAUUGUUGGCUUUGCAAUGACCUUUUCACUAAUAUUUCCAUUGUCGGAUUACUACACAAGCCCCCUAAGUGCAUUAUUAAGGACAAUAGUUAUGAUCAUGGGAGAAUUUGAAUAUUCAGAAAUGUUUUCAAAAGACACAAAUACAACGUCCAAAUUAAUGUUCAUGUUAUUUGUUAUUUCUUGUAGUAUAAUUUUGAUGAAUCUAACUCAAGCCAUUGCUGUGAAUGACGUUAAAAUUCUUCAUGAAAUAAGUCAAAGUAUUCGUUUAGAAAAAGAAAUAAGAUUUCUGUAUGAAUUCGAAUCGAUUUUCACUCAAAAGAUUAUGACUUCAAACACUAUUCUGAAAAAGAUUAAAAAACGUUUAUAUGACAUUGGUGCUAUUGGAAGAAGUAUAACAAUUACAAAAGAGAACCGCCAAAUUAUUUCUAACGAACUUUUGUGCAAAUUAAUUCAAUGCUAUAAGCCAACAAAAUCAAUAUGGAGCCGGAAAAUCCCACACGCAAAAUUUAAUUUCAAGUGCUUACCAAACCGUUUUGAUCUUUGAACAUUUUUCGAAUAAAUUAAAUUUUUCGAAAAUGCACUUGUGGCGUAA